CGAUUUUUGAUUUUACGAAAUAAAGGUUUCGAUCAUUUGGCAUAUUUCUCGUUUCUGACCAUUUUUGGGAUUUACCCUUUUGAUAUUUUUUUACGAUGUUUUAUUUCCGGGGGACACGCCCUCUUUGUCGCGGGCCACCUUGUCGCGACCACCUUGUCGCGACCACUUUGUCGCAGGCCACCUUGUCGCAGGCCCACCUUGUCGCAGGCCACUUUGUCGCAGGCUUUUUUUGUUUUUUAUUUUUAGGUCGGCCUAAACUUUGUUCGCCAUGUGCCGUGCUUAAUCCCACUGCUACAACGAUGGGAAUUUUGAAAAGUUGAUUUCCGCCAGUUUCUGACUG